UCAGUGGCUCACUAUCGAACACAGAAUUUUGCUGACUCAACCACAUCCUCUCAUCAGAGUGGAGUUUACAGUCGAAAGCAGAGCAAUGCAUCGGAUAAACAGCUGAUUCAGGAUCUGCAGGAUCAGUAUAACUUGCUGAGAGAGCAACUUAUGCAGGAUGGACAGAAUCACAAAGCACAGAUUCUACGCAACUCUGCCGUCAUGCAGGAGAUGCAGGACACAAUACUAGAACUCCAGAAAGAGCUGUCUUCUGCGGGUAAAAUCAACAUCAAGUCCAAAUCAGCUCUACCAGAAAACAUUGAAGUUCAGCAACAGUCACCAUCUCCAGAAACAUCGGUACUCUUCACCCGUCUGGACUCCGAGAGAAAUGCAAAGAUCAUGAAGAAAGCAGUGAUGGAGGAGAAACUAGAUCCUGAAAAAUACAAGGAGGCUGUGUCCAAAAUGGAUGAAUACGUUAGUCUUCCUGCCAGGCGCUUGGGAAAUCUUGUGAGAAAAUAUGUGCACCACAGACAUCUGCGGGAAACUGAAGAAAAAGUCAAGAAAAGUGCCAGGAUGACACAAGAGGUUCUACAUGCUCUUGACAAGGUGGAGAAUCUACAGUAUCAGAGAACCCGACAGUGGGCAGAAAGAAUGAAUGGAAUGGGAGCUGAGAGACUCAAACUGGCAAACUUGCUCAUGGAUACCUUGGACAGCAUUGAGCAAGAAUCUGGCAUUUUUCUCAUCAAGCCAAUGUAUUCAUACAGGGGCAGAGAAGCAAAGCUAGACCAUGUAAGCAAGCUAAGUCGGCCAAUUCGGCAUCGGCACCGCAGGAUGGCUCCAUUCUCAGAGACAGGGAGCUCUUUUGUUGCAGUGCCAACAACAAGCUCAAACUAUCAUCUCACGAGAACUGAGGAGGACCUGUCUCAGAAGCAGCCUCAUACACUUGCCAAGGCAUCCAGCGCCUGCCCACCAGAAACAAAGACAGGCCACAAUCAUGGCGACUUCAGGGUCUCUGGCAGCCAUGUCACUUUAGGUUCAGGGUCACCAGAAAGCACCUGGAAUACACAGACAUCGCAUCCAUGGAAGGAACAACAACCAAAUUCAUUUCAUACUCCCAGAAUUCUGGAGCUUGAUAUUAACAGAAUGCUGAUUGGUCAAAAUAAUGUCAGCUCUAAACUCCCUUUCCAACCUACUGAUGACAGACUAGUCAACAUUAACCAGAAUACACUCAGGUCUUAUGUUACCGUCCAGCGACCAAGUGCCAGGAUAGGAGCUGACAGGCCAAAUACAGGUCCAGGAAGAACAAAUGGUCAGAAAGUGGGUGUGUCACAGAUAGAUAAAGACAUCCCUGUUUUGAUCCCAUCCCCUCGACCACUUCCACCGAUCACCAACAGUCAGGAUGAUGUGACGGAGAGAGGGACUGACAGACCAUCAUCAUCUGUCGAAUCAACUUAUAAGGAUAAUAAUGAUGUUCCUAGAAAGACAGCAGGUGUGUUCCAUGUACCAGUCUAA